UCAUUUGACGUGAAUCAUUGUUGUUGCAAAAACUUAUCAAUAAACUGAAAAUCGACGGAAAAAGCUGGAAAUACGGCGUUCUUUGUUUCGUGAGUUUGUGCCCUAAAUAGGUGGAAGAUUGUUCCAAACCUCGCUUCAUUUCUGCCCCGACGGUAGUGCUUGACCAAACGAAACCUCCAAAAUGUCGAUACUGGAAAGAAUUCGGCAGGGUUAUUGGUUCGAAAACAUUCCCCAAAGAACGAUCUUGGCCACCCUUAUCGCUUCGCUGCUGUUCUUUUCAGGAUGGUGGAUCAUCAUCGAUACGGCCUCCGUGUACCCGGACUCGUUCAACUUUUCCUUUUACAUCUGCGGCAUUCUGGCCACGAUCAGCUUCAUCAUGGUGAAUGCAGUUUCUAACGAAAUGUUACACGGUGGAGCCGCUUUCACGGGCGGAGUCCUCGGCGAGAGUGGCAUCAAGGUCUUCCUGUUUGCUGGGUUCGUGCUCGGUUUUACCUCCAUCAUUGCGGCCAUCUGGAUCAUGGUGGCGGAAUUUGCCGUGAAUGAAGCACGAACCGACAAAUAUCCUGGUUACGCCUUGCUGAUCCACAACAUCUUCAUCUUUUUCUCGACACUUAUCUACAAGUUUGGUCGCCAAAGUGAAAACGAUUACCUGGCUAGUUACUAGGCCCGGUUGCUAACCCGGGAGAACUCACAUAGGUGACGAUUUGUAUGAAUGGAUCGAAAAUAGCCCUGCAGCUUGUCUAUGUGUGCGAUCUUAACUUAUUGUGAUGGUUUUAUUGGAGGCAAAGGAGGAUAUGCGUAAACAACCAAACCGUACAUACCGUAGACUGAGGCCGCAGCUGCACUUUCCCGGAAUCGCGGAACUAUCAGUUCAGAUCCACCAACCGAACCGAUACCCUUGCGAUACCGUUCAAUAAGCGUUUUUUUAUGUUCUAACAUUAACAUUUUUAUAAUUUGUACCAACUACUUAUCGGUUUCGUUCGGUUGUUCUCGAAUAGGAACCAGUGUGAAUGAUCGUAUCACUACUCCAUAAUCCACCACCCUAACCCACCGCCGUAACUGGCGCGUCACAUUGAACUGAAACUCAAAGCGAUCUUAUUUGCAUAUUCCAUUCAACGCAAACGAUCGACGAAUGGAAUCCACCGCAACAUCCAUACUGUUGUCCCAUUGUCGUGAGGAAAUAAUAAAUUCAUAAUCAUUUAUUUUAGUAAAGUAAUUGCAACCUUGUUACCUUUGAGCAUAUUGGAACCAUUAGCGU